CACUGCUCCAGCCAGCCAUAUUGGGCUGUGGAAAUAAAGCAGCUCUAAUGUUAUAUGUCACCUGCAAAUAACCCGGGCAUUCGAAAAAAGCAAACCACCACCACCAAAAUCCACACCAACACCAGGUCCUCUCCAUACACAAAAGUCCUUCAAAAUGAGCCCGGAAGCUUGGCUCCCACAGCCCACCUUGCUCCUCACUGGCCUCAGCUUGCUCCUCUCACUGGAUGGAGCGGAUUGGCCAGCGGAGCAGCCUUGACAUGCAUCCAGCUUGGCCACAGGGCUGGACUCAGGAGCACCUCAGGAAGAAGGUUUGAGAGCAAAGAACAGCAGCCAAAGGGGAGAGCGCCCAUGGGAUUGGGCAUGGAGGUCAUGGCUCCCGCCACCAUCAAUGCCUUGAAUGGCUCCUCCGUGAAGCUCUCCUGCACCUUCAACUCCUGCUACAAGGUGGAGAACAAGCAGUUCUCCCUCAACUGGACGUACCAGGAGUGCAGGAAUUGCUCUGAGGAGCUGUUCCUGCAGUUCCGGAUGAAGAUCAUGAAUAAGCAGCUGGACCGCUUUGGGAACCGGGUGGAGUUCACUGGGAACCCCACCAAGUACGAUGUAUCCUUCACCCUCAAAAAUGUGCAGCUGGAGGACGAGGGCACCUACAAUUGCUAUGUCCUGAACCCCCCGGACCGGCAGCGGGGUCACGCCAGCAUCAGCCUGAAGGUGCUCACCAAGGAGCCCCCGAAGCAUGACUCGACAGUGGCUGUCAUCGUGGGCGCCUCUGUAGGUGGUUUCUUGGCCGUGGUGAUCCUGGUGCUGAUGGUGGUGAAAUGUGUGCGCCGGAAAAAGCAGCAGAGGCUGAACACAGAUGACCAGAAGACGGAGGAGGAAGGGAAGACAGACGGCGAAGGCAACCCAGAUGAGGGCACCAAGUAACACCCCCUGCCUGCCCCUCCCUCUUCACCCCUGUACAGCGUGACCCCGUUGAUGUGCUUCCCAGAGCAAGGAUUUCUGUCUCCCCAGAGCAUCCCUCCUUCCAUCUAAAUACCCAACCCAGCCUGGAGCAGGGCGCGGAGAGAAGGUCCCCAGAGCCCAGCCGCAGCAGGCAGGGCUGGGGAGGGUGGCUGAAGCACAUCGAGGCUGCCCCUGAGGCUGAGCUGGGACCGACUUGUCCCCUGCUCCGGCUGAGCAUGCUCUGAGUGCCAGAGCACUGCAUGGGGCCAUGGGGAGGUGUUGGGCACAGGGUGUUGGGGGAGAGGGGGAAGAGUGAGGCC